GGAACGGUUAACCUACUCCCGAAUGCGGUUCCUUUCGAGUUCGGAGGAGUGAUAGAGAACCUACACAGACACAAACACACUCAGUUUCCACCUUCAGGUGUUUGGCGCCAAGUUGCCCCAAAGAGACAAAUUGUUUAUCUUGUGUCAAGUGGUGUAUGGCCAUCCUUCUGGCCACCCACUUUAACUACAACUCCAGUGAAAGUUUGUUGUCGCCAUCUCCCGCCAUCUAGCCACUCCGGUGGCGUUUUGUGGCUACCGUGCCAGUCUCAGUCCCAGUGCCAGUGCCAGCGCCAUUGGCAUUGCCAUUGCUCAAAACCAAAAACCGAAAACAGUUGGAUCCUUGCGGUUUCGGGGAGCCGAAAUCGGAUGACAUUAUCUGCCACGGGACGGGACGCGUGACUACGGGUGGAGUGGAAUGGUGCCGAGUGACUCGAAAUUAAAAGCGGAACAAGGCGUCGCACCUUAGGCAUGCAUCUUUAAUCAGGCCCCAAUGAAUUUCCGCGCGAAAUGUUUACGGCCUAUGAAUAAGCAAUGAAAUAAGCGCUCACGGGCAUUUGUCAUUUGGCAAAGUGAAAAUUGAAGUGACUGUGAAAAUUGAGACAAAUGUGCCCCAGUGUCGGUGGCAGGAGCAAGGAUUAAAGCAGCUCCAAUCCGGGCAUAAAUUCAACUUAACUAGUCACCGCAACAAAAGCAACAAAGAAUGGAUACUAAAGCUGGCUUAAGUGCGCUGGAGGAAAGGUCCCUGAAAGGUUCAGAGAAACUCAAAAUGCUGGACAUCACUCGCGACAAGCCGGUGAAGGUGGCCGUCAAAGUGGCGGUUCCUGUGCGGGAUCACCCCAAGUUCAAUUUCGUGGGCAAGCUGCUCGGACCCAAGGGCAACUCGAUGAAGCGCCUGCAGGAGGACACCAUGUGCAAGAUGGCCGUCUUGGGACGGGGAUCGAUGCGGGACCGGCGGAAGGAGGAGGAGCUGCGCGGCAGUGGGGACAGUCGCUAUGCCCAUCUCUUCGAGGACCUGCACGUCGAGAUCUCGACCUUCGCCGCUCCGGCAGAGGCCCACGCCCGGAUCGCCUACGCGCUGGCGGAAGUGCGCCGCUUUCUGGUUCCGGACUACCACGACGACAUCCGCCAGGAACAGAUGUGGGAGAUGCAGGCGCUUACGUCCACGCCAGCACUGGGCGCCCACUCACUGGAGGACUCGCAGAGUCCCACCAUUAACACAAGUAAUCAGGUGGGUGGCGCCACCACUGUCUCAUCUACUGGGGCAAAUGGGCGUGGCCUGGGUGGUGGACUAGCCGACAUGGACACGUCCAACGAUGACAAAUCGGAUGACACCAGCGGCAUGGAGUGCCUGUCGGCAGUCGACAAGCUCGACUGCUCCUCCAGCUGCGCCAGCCUGGGCAUCAGCGGAAUCACGACCAUCAGCACCACCAGCACCGAGCAUCCGCAUCCGCACCAGCACCACGCCCACCUGCACCCAACACACGCCCACGGAAACCAGCAGCAGCAGCAGCAGCAGGUGCACCACCACCAGCAGCAACACCACCACAGCCACCAGGCGCAUUUCCACCAGCUGCUGCAACAUGCCCACGGCGGAGCGAGUGCAGCAGCGGCUGCCUGCGGGGAGCAUCUCUCUGGACAGGCGACUCCGGCGACCGCGGCGGCACUACACACCACAGCCAUGGCAGUGGCACUCCAGCAUCAGCUGACAGCCGCAGGAAUCGGAGGACUCCUGAAGCCGGCCACCGGAGUGGGCGCCACCAUGGCUGGUCUGCCUACCAGCCAGGCGGGAGCCGCCGCCCUGCAGUUGUCCGGCGACGGCGAGUCAUCCGGAUCGACGCUCACUCUGCUGGAGCCACCGGGCACCGCCCUCCUUCAUCCCGCUUUGCGCAACGUCAAGACCAUCAACAUAGGUGGUGGCUUGGGAAGGAAGCGCCCGCUGCUGGGUGUUCCCCGCUCCGGAAUGAAUCCCACCAAGCGCACAGUGAUGAGUCUGCUGGCUAGGGCCAAGAACUCGCAGGCGCUGCACUCGGUCCGUCAGCCCAUGGUGACGGCCACCAGCUUUGCCGAACCCUUGCAGAUGCUGGCCUCGCCAUUCAUAAUUCCACACCAGGCGGUGGACCAGCCGAUCCUGGCGCUGUCAAAGGAGAGCCUCGCCCAGGGCGUCUAACCCAGUGAGCUGCUCCACCUGCGACUGCCCAGAUAGACCAAUCUGACCGAUUACCACCUGCCCUGCCUCCCCCGUUCGAGGAUAAGCGAGAAUCUCGAGGAGAUUAGCGAAUAAUACUAAGCGAUGUUUGCGUAGUUAAUGCGUACUUUCCACGUAGUAAGGCUAUAUACCGAUCUUUAGGGACUAACUGUGAACUUAUCCGAGCGAAAUCUCGAGCUCGUGCUACACGAUUUUAUUUUUUACAGAGAAUAAACGGAGCCUCUAUUUGCAAUGCGAUGUUUUAUUUCCACAGAUGCCAAACUAGGCAUGGAACAGAGUUAAACUUUAAACAAAUUGAAACCUAAAAUUAGUGUCAAAUUAAAAUGAGAGCAACUUCAAUAGAAAUAAAUGUAAACGCAAUUACUUUAAACAAAUUACUUUAAAUAAAUAUACACACAAAUACGAAUGCGAAUGCCGAAUACCGAACACGAGUACCAUAAAAGAUAUAUAUACAAUACAUACGAACACGUAUACAAGCAUAUACAAAUAUAAAUGUGUGUGUGUACUUAAAUCUAUAUUAACUUAAGAUUAAACCAAACGAAACUACUAAAUUAAUGAGAUAAUACAAUAAUUUUAAAGUAUUUUAACAGCCACAAACGAAAAUCGAAGACAAAGUCAAACCGAAAAGAUUUGAAAUGAAAUGAAUAGAAAACAAAAAAGAAAAGAAAAGAAAAGAAAGUUAUAGAAAGGAUAUAGAGAGUUGAGGUAGAACCCCCGAUCAGAGAGAUCCCACCGCCUUCAGCUUGCGUUGCCUGAUUGAUUCCACAUUGAGUCCCCUCAGAUCCAAAGCUACAGCUGAUAGAUAGAUAGUUCGGUUUCAGUUUUAAAACAGAAAGUUUCAGAACAUCGAAAGCAGCGAUCGCCUACCACAGAGUUAUAUUUUUUGUUGUUCAGAUUAUAUGGUAUAUAUAUGAUAAACAUUGAAAGGUAUUUGGUCCGAGUCUAGCUAGAUGCCACACCCCCUCCACUUCGCAGCGAUGCUUCGAUUAAGUGUUUGUAUGAAUUGAUAUUCAGACUAAAGGAAUUUGAUCUGAUAGUAGUCGGUCGAGUAUCGACCGUACCAGCGGAUUAUUCGAGAGUUCACUUUAGCUCCCCAGUUACUUUGUUGACUGUGCACAAUCCACAUAGUUCUUAAAUAGCGUUAACCGAUAUACAAUAACAAACAUUACUCAAUUAAUGUUCACAGAAAGUUUAAUCAAAACGAAAACCAAAAAAGCCAAAAACAAAAACGAAUAUUUACAGCGUAAAGUAAAAGUAAAAGUAAAAGUAAAGUUAAAGCAAAAUAUUGAUGUUCAAAGAAAGCAAAUCCGUGAAAGGUCCUACUCAUGUCAUUAAUGUAGAUGUCGAAUAUGCAAACCAAUUAAAUAAUUAAACCAGUCUUAAAUGUGAAAAAUUUCAGCAAAAUUCAACCACAACCACCAAAAACACAACCACAAAACGCCAC